AUGGGGUCUAUUGACUUGAACGAUGCGGUUGUACUUUGCAUCCCCACCCGUGACGUCGGUCGCACGAAACCCGCGUCUUCUGAUGUGUCCCUGAUUGUUACUACAGUAAUCAAUAUGAGCACGGUAGGGCUGAUCGGAGAUAACGCCGUCGCAGCUUUUGUGAAGAUCGAAGAUGGAAGCACAACGAUCCUGCCGGCACGGUAUUGUCUUGUACGUGAAGGAUCCAAAACGGACAAGCAAGUUCGCAGCUAG